AUGGCAAAUCAUUCCAAUAGUCGUUUCUGUCGGUUGAGUAGUGCUCAGGAAAGACAAACAAUCGAAUGUGAUGUCGGGUGGAUCAAAUUUUUCGAGGGAUUUAAUCAAUUUUGCUAUAAAGCGUUUUCAAUCACAUCAUUAAAAAAUGUAACUGAUGUGUCGAGCAAAGAAGGCGAUCCGUGUGAAAAAGAACGAAAAACAGCAAGGCUUGUUAGAGUUCCAAAUCAAAACAUUAAUAUGUUCCUUUAUGUAAAAGUAUUGAAUGGUAACCCAGAUUUGUUAUGCUCUGUGACGGAUGCGAAUACUUAUUACUACUAUAUCGGCUUAUAUAGGAGAGAUUUUGACUGGCGAUGGCGUCCAUAUCAUGAAAAAGCAUAUACACAUUUAGAAGAACAAGGAGAGCUACUGUUGGAUUAUUUGAAUUCACCACGUCCACAGCAUGUCUGGUCUGAUGGGUCGAGAAUUUUUGCAGACGGUUGGGAUAAUAUUGAUGAUACUACCACAAAUGUCGUCAUCUCUAAUU